GGGAAUUACGCAGCGAGGUCCGGAGGUUGCACGCCCUUCGAAAGCGGUGGAACCCGGGGGCCAGGUGGAACUCGGUGUAACAGAGCCCCUGUGGUCGCGCCCCGUCUCAGAACCCGGUGUGGGAGACGCUCUCCCCGCCCGAAGAGGGAAGGCGGGCGGGACUCCCCCUGGGCUCCAUGAAUAACCAGGCGCGGACCCCAGCCCCCUCCUCGGCGCGGACCUCAACCUCAGUCCGGGCUUCUACCCCGACCCGGACACCGACUCCACUCCGGACCCCGACUCCAGUCCGGACUCGGACCCCCAUCCGGACCCAGACUCCAGUCCUGACUCCGUCUCCGGCCCGGCUUCCCGCUCUGGUCCAGCCUCCCGCUCCAGCCCACAUCCCCACUCAGGUCCCGACUCCCGCUCUGGCCCGGAUACCCGGUCUGGUUCCGCCGCCUGCUCAGGCCUGGAUCCCUACUCCGGUCCCGACUCCUGCUCGCGUCCGGAACCCAACUCCGGUCCGGACUCCGGCUCGGACCCUGACUCCUCCAGUCCGGGUCCCAGCCCCAGCCCCAGCCCCAGACCCCGCCCAGGUCCUGGCGGGGAUUCGGACCGCGCUCCCCGCCUUGGACUCCUACACGGCCCGGGCCCUACCUUUGGAUCCGCCCCCGGAACCUGCUCCGGAGCCGCCUUUUUCGCCCGAGGAGGACCCUGAGCCGGCGCCGAGCCUGAAGCUCAUCCCGUCGGUCUCCAGCGAGGCUGGGCCCGCCCUGGGCCCCUUUCCCGCUCACACUCCUCUGGCCGCGAACUCAUCCGGGCCCACCCUGGACUUCACCUUCAGGGCAGACCCGUCGGCCACUGGGCUGGCAGAUCCCCACAUUCCCAGCCCUGUCCCCGCGCCCAUCCUGGGGACCAUCCCGUCGACCCUCUCCUUACAGAAUUCUACGGAAACCUUGGUCUCCACCAGCGAAAACUUCGCGCUGGACAAGAGGGUCCUGAUUCGAGUGACUUACUGUGGCCUCUGAAGCUAUAGCCUUCGGUACAUUCUACUGAAAAACAGCCUGGAGCAGCAAUUUCCAAAUCACCUACUCUUUGAGGAGGACAGAGCUGCCCAGGCUACAGGGGAGUUUGAGGUGUUUGUGAACGGGAGACUGGUCCAUUCCAAGAAGGUGAUUCUGAGUAAGGGACCGGGACAGGGAGGUGGGGUGGUGCUGAGGUCCUGGGCGUGGGAGACCUGUGUGCUUUCUCCCCUCUGUGCCCAGAGGGGUGAUGGCUUUGUGAACGAGUCUGGGCUGCAGAAAAUUGUGAACGUCAUCUAUGAGGAGAUCAAGAAAAGGUAGCCGGCAAGGGGUGGAGCUGGAGGAGUCUCAGCGGGAUGAUGAGAAGGGCUGAAAUGUUGCCAAGUCAGGUCCUUUUCUGAUGGUGGUUGGGGCUGGGGUGAGCUCAGGGAGGGGAAGAGGAGAAUACAUGCAGUCUGCCCCCCUGUG